AUGAACGGCACUCCCCGCCUUCCGUCUGCUUUUCCCCAGACGCCCACGACUAUUCCAAGGAGAAGAAAGCUCUUUGAGACCCCGUCUCGUGCACAACCUCGCGAUGUGCGCGAUCCAAAGUCGCCUAGCAGAUCCCCGGCCAAGGUGCCCAAGCCGCUCCCAAACACCAACACGCCGCUCGUCCCUACCGACGUGAUCGAUGCCCCCUCGCAACGUCUCUAUGUGGUGGCUUUCUACCUUGGGCUCAAUGCGUAUCGGAUAUACGAAUCCUGGAAUGCCUCCGACGAGCUGGACUCGACGUGGUUGUUUUUGAAAUGGGUGUCUCUGGAUGGCAUUUUCUUGUUUGGUCUACAAGCUCUGCGCAUACCAUGGCUAGAGUGGGCACUCCCAACCACCCUGGCCCUGUUUUUGUUGCACGUCGUGGGCAACGUCUUUCUGAUGUUCCGUAUCCCGAUUCCUUUGGGCGCGUGGCUCGGAGGCCUGGUCAAGGUAGCUUACGAUCGAGAACUGUCCAUCUCCGAGCGGAAGGUGAAGCCUGGGGACAUUAUUCACAAUGCCUCGUUGAUUUUGGGAAAGCAAAUCGUGCACAUUUUGCCAGAAGGAUCUGCUGUUCUCAAUCCUGAACGUGAGCCGCUCUGUUUGGAUUCUCAGAAAAACUUCGUGCACCUCCCCAUCCGAGUGAAUCAGACCGACCCAAUCCUCAUUGAAGUGUUGCGCCUUGACCUCCACACUGGCGAAAACGAAACGUUGACUAUUCCGGCCAAGCAGCUAAAACAGCUCAAGCGUCAGGCCGAGAAGAGACAUGCCACUUUGGAGCCUGUUCCGCACCGAGAUCUCUUCUUCCCCGUGCGCAAGACUGGUAUCUAUCGCCUUCAGCGUGUGGUGGAUGAGUCUCAGCUGGAUGUUCGCACGCGGACCUCUGACGCGUUGGUCGUCACUUGCCCUCGCGCGCUGAUCAAGAACUCCUACACUGACAAAUGCAGAGGGGAACUGUCUAACGUGCUUCUCGAGGUUGAAGGCACACCUCCCUUAAAGAUCAAGUAUAGCCGGGAGAAACCAACUGGUGCCCUCUUCAGCGUCAACCAGCCCGACAUCUCCUGGGCCCAAAGCCAGAAAAUCGAUGUCCCUUUGAAUGAGUCCCUGAAUGUGAAUGGUGAAUGGUUCUAUGCCAUUGAGGAAGUUCAUGAUGCUCUUGGUAAUGUUGCCAACUAUUCUUCAAUAUUUGAGGAUGGAGAGCGGCCAUCGCCCAAGUCUUCGUCUCAGUGGCACCAGUUGAUGAUCCACGAGCGUCCCAAGGUCUCCUUGUCUGGCUGCAAUGAGCAGCGCCCGCUUGAGGUUGCUCGUGGCGAUAGCGUCAACUUGCCAAUCAACUUCCAACAGACCACAAAGCCGUAUGAUCGCGACGGUCCUUUCACUGUCACGUACUCUUACAGCGCCACCGGUGCCGAACCGAAGGAAGGAGAUUCAAAGGAUAGUAUGACUGUCGUCUUGAAGACUCUUGAUCAGCAGACACCCAUCAAAGAACCCGGUUGGUAUUCCUUGUUAUCAGUAUCGAGUCAGCACUGUCCAGGUGAAGUUUUGGAGCCUUCGUCUUGCUACCUGCGCAAUCCUCCCGAGCCAGAGUUGUCCAUCAAGUCGGAGAAGGUCUUCGACCGUUGCGCUAACAAUGCUGUUGGUCUUCUUGUUGAUCUGGACCUCACCGGAUCCCCUCCUUCCACGAAGAUCAUCGAUGGCCUGCGAUCCCAGCUGGAUUUCACACCGUCCGAGGCUGGUUCCUACCGGUAUCGUUUCCUGGAUAUUGAAGAUUCCGUGUACUCUCCUCGGUCUCUCAAGGACAAGGUCUCAGUUCUCGAACAGGAUGUCAAGCCACCGGCGUCGGCUCACUUCCUCGGACCCAGGGACACUCGCAAGGCCUGCUUUGGCGAGUCUGUAUCCGUGGACCUGGCUUUCCUGGGAGAGGCUCCAUGGACACUUCAGUACGAGCUUGUCCACAAUGGCAAGCGAUCAAAACACACACUGGAAUCUGAGACUGAUGUUGCCACUAUUACUACGGACAAGCUGGUCAGCGGCGGCGAGUACAGACUUGCAUUGACCAGCAUCAAGGACAAGUCGAACUGCAAACGGAACUUGAAGGACAGCAUCAAGAUUGAUGCUCGAUCCAAGCCACCGCAUGCUUCAUUCGGCCAGAUUGACAAGAAGAGAACAGUUUCUGCUCUGGCGGGAUCUAGAAUUGAGAUUCCAUUGCGACUGAGCGGCGAGAAGCCGUGGACUAUCAAGUACAAGAACGUGGAUGUGAACACUGCGCCUUUGACUAAAACAUUCUGGGACGAGAACAGCCGUUUGGCUGUGGACCGUGAGGGUCUCUACGAGCUCCUUGAAGUCUAUGAUAACUCCUGCUCCGGUUUCGUGGACCAAUCAGCUAAGGAGUUUGAAGUUUCUUGGAUUCCACGACCCCAGAUCACCGCCGUGGACGGUUCUCCCAUCGUGAAGGGUGAGUAUACCAAGCCCGAGGUCUGCCAGGGUGACGAUGAUAGCCUAGAGCUCCGCCUGUCUGGCAGCCCUCCGUUCAGUCUUCAAUACGAACAACGCCGCAAAUCAGACCGUGGACAAGCCUCAGCCCGCUCGAAGAAUAUCAGAACCGCUCUCAACUCUGCUUCCAUGGAGAUGGAUACCUCCGAGCCAGGCCAAUACACCUACAAGUUCACCGAGGUGGGCGACAACCUGUACGACUAUGACCCGAAGAGCAGUGGUCUUGUGGUCACACAAAAGGUCAACUCGCUUCCAUCUGCCAAGUUCGACUCUCCGGGACACAUCUACGGCUUCUGCAAGGAGGAUGCGACUGGUGAGGAGACUAUUCCUAUCACAUUGGAAGGUGUGCCUCCAUUCUCGCUGGAGAUCACCAUCAAGCACCACUCCAACGCUAAGCCGGAGAUUGUCACCAUCCCCAAGAUCAACUCCAACCACCACAACUUACCCCUCCCCCGUCGCCACCUCGAUCUGGGCCAGCAUGUGGUCAGUAUUCACAAGGUUCGUGACUCUCGCGGUUGCCAGAGGACCACCGAGUUCGAUGCUUCGUCUGUUCGUGUCGCCGUUUCAGAUGUCCCCACGAUCAUUCCCCUCGAGUCCAAGGUAGACUACUGCGUUGGAGAACGCCUGUCAUUCUCCCUUUCUGGCCACGCACCCUUCGACGUGUUCUAUACCUUCAACGGCGUGCAAAGGAAGGCCACUUCUCCAAAUACCAACUUCCGUCGUAUUGCCGAGCGUCCUGGAGAGUUCACCAUUACCGCCGUUGGUGAUGGGGCCAGUGGCAAGUGCAAGGCCCACAAGGACAUAACAAAGAUCAUUCACGAGAUGCCCAGUGUUCGCAUCAGCCAGGGCCAAGUGUCCGUGGUCGACAUUCACGAGGGUGGAGAAGCUGAGCUGAGCUUCGAGUUCUGGGGCACGCCGCCAUUUGAAUUCACCUACAUUCGCAGCACCAAUGCUCGCAAGGGUAAGAAGUCGGAGGUUCUUGACAUCAAGCACGAUAUCUCCUACGAACACAAGAAGACGAUCAAGACUUCGGACGAAGGUACCUACGAGGUCGUCGCUAUCAAGGACAAAUUCUGUUCCUUUUCCUCUCAGGUGCCGACGGGCAAGUCGGACCGGAGCAGUUCAUGAAUGUAAUAUGAUGUGAUUUCAUGCGCUUUGAUUCACUG